CGCUGUCUCGACACACGCCACGACCAGCUUAACCUCUCUCAACCUUGCCGUCUUGCGAGCUCCUGUACUGCCAGGACCCUGCCUUGCUCAUAUCCCCUCACCGAGCCUUACGCCCGAGGCAACGCGUGCCCCAGCGUCGAAUACGCCGAACAUCGAUUAUACAGCGGCGCAAACGCAAGCGACCACACAUCAUGGGCGGCUACGUCUCCAAGUUCUCGUCAUUGAUUUGGGCGAAGAAGGAGACAAGGAUACUUAUCUUGGGACUUGACAACGCCGGCAAGACAACACUGCUGUACAGACUGAAGAUUGGCGAAGUAGUCACAACAAUACCAACCAUCGGGUUCAACGUCGAGUCCGUGACAUACAAGAACCUCAACUUCAACGUCUGGGAUCUUGGAGGUCAGACCUCGAUCCGUCCAUAUUGGCGAUGCUACUAUGCCAACACCGCCGCUGUAAUCUUUGUCAUCGAUAGCACUGACAUCGAUCGUUUGUCAACCGCGUCAGAAGAGCUCUCGGCUAUGCUGAACGAAGAGGAACUAAGAGAUGCUGCGCUGCUGGUUUUCGCGAAUAAACAGGACCAGCCUGGUGCCAAAGGCGCGGGUGAGAUUAGUGAGGCUCUGAGGUUGGGUGAACUCAAAGACCGUAACUGGAGUAUUGUCGCAUGUAGUGCGGUAGACGGGCGAGGUGUGGACGAGGGCAUGGAUUGGCUCGUGUCGAACGUAAACAACGAUAACUAGACCGCUGGCCGGGACGAUUGAAAGACGAACAAUUAAGUAAUGUCAGCAGGGGUAAUGGAGGAGAACAUCGCCAGCAUGUUGGCGUUAGACGUCCGAACUGUGUAUACUGAGGACAGCCUGCGAGCGACUUGCAAUACGCCUACUGAGAUACAUACAUCAAAGCCGCGAUCUUCUCUUAUGAGUUGGGCCGCCUCGAUGUGUUAACGUAUGCACUUCUUUUUGUCUCAUUCAUAGCAACAGGCAUGCCACCCAAACAGUACCUGGUACAGCGACUAGCGCUUACAUAAGGAACCGUGCUACGACUGAGGCUAAAGGU